AGCAUCCCUGCGCAUGCAGUGGGGCAAAUGUAGAUGUAAAAAUAUCAUUAGAAAAUAUGUAAUCGUGUGGAAUAGGUUUUCGGCGUUGGCAGCUUGCAAUGAGGGAAGGAAAACAGGGCAGAUUGGAUUUUGUGUUGCGCCUCUGUGGAGCACGGACCGUUAUAUUGAGAGAAAUAAUGCGGAAUAUUUCCCCCAGUAGGUGUUAACGCAGAAAAUUCAAGAUGAAGAAGCAAUUCAAUCGGAUGCGACAGCUCGCCAACCAAACGGUGGGAAGAGCAGAGAAAACAGAGGUGUUAAGCGAGGACCUUCUACAGGUGGAGAAGCGUCUGGAUCUGGUCAAGCAGGUGACACACAGCACUCAUAAGAAGCUGACGGCCUGCCUGCAGGGUCAGCAGGGGGCAGAUGUAGAGAAGAGAUCUGUCAAGUCACCUUCUAAAAAACUACCGCUCACGAUCCUUGCACAAUGUAUGGUAGAAGGAGCUGCUGUGUUGGGGGAUGACUCUCUCCUGGGGAAGAUGCUGAUGAUGUGUGGGGAGACGGAAGAGAAGUUGGCCCAGGAGCUAAUCCAGUUUGAGUUUCAGAUAGAGAGAGAUGUGGUGGAGCCUCUGUAUGUGCUUGCUGAGGUGGACAUUCCAAACAUCCAGAAACAGAGGAAGCACUUAGCCAAACUUGUUUUGGACAUGGACUCAGCUAGAACAAGAUUUCAUCAGUCGUCCAAGUCAUCUAGUCACCCAAGCACACUGCAGCCCGGCGCCAAAUCAGAGUCUCUCCGAGAGGAGAUGGAGGAGGCAGCCAAUCGGAUGGAGAUUUGUAGGGAUCAGCUGUCAGCAGAUAUGUACAGUUUUGUGGCCAAAGAAAUAGACUAUGCAAAUUACUUCCAGACACUAAUAGAAACGCAGGCAGAGUAUCACAGGAAGUCAUUAGAGAUUCUUCAGAGCAUCCUGCCACAGAUUAAAGCUCACCAAGAGGCGUGGGUGGAGAAGCCUUCGUUUGGCAAGUCUCUGGAGGAUCACCUGAAUAUUAGUGGGAGAGAGAUUGCCUUCCCCAUCGAAGCUUGUGUCACAAUGCUGUUAGAGUGUGGCAUGCAAGAGGAGGGCCUCUUCAGAAUUGCUCCAUCAGCCUCCAAGCUGAAGAAGCUGAAAGCGUCCCUGGACUGUGGAGUUCUGGAUGUGCAGGAGUACUCCUCCGACCCACACGCCAUCGCAGGGGCUCUGAAAUCAUACCUCCGUGAGCUCCCUGAGCCACUGAUGACCACUGAACUUUAUGAUGAAUGGAUUCAGGCCUCCAACAUCCAAGAUUUGGACAAGAGGCUUCAAGCAUUAAUGGCUGUGUGUGAAAAACUCCCAACAGACAACUUGAACAAUUUCAGAUAUCUUAUCAAAUUCUUAGCCAAGCUAACUGACUACCAAGAUGAAAAUAAGAUGACUCCCGGUAACCAGGCCAUUGUUCUUGGUCCUAACUUGCUCUGGACACACACUGAACCGAACAUGACCGAGAUGAUGACCACCCUGUCCCUACAGAUUGUUAGCAUCGUUGAGCCCAUUAUUCAGCAUGCUGACUGGUUCUUCCCUGGAGAGAUUGAGUUCAACUUGACAGGGUGCUACGGCAGCCCGAUCCACAGCAACCACAACUCCAACUACAGCUCCAUGCCCUCACCAGACAUGGACCAAUCGGAGCGCAAGCAGCAGCACGACCAGAGCCGACGCCCACUGAGCGUUGCCACAGACAACAUGAUGCUGGAGUUCUACAAGAAGGAUGGCAUUAGGAAGAUACAAAGUAUGGGCGUGCGUGUUAUGGAUACUUCCUGGGUGUCUCGUAAGGGUUCGGCCACACUGUCGCGAAAGACCUCCUCUACCCCUCCAGGCCUGCAGGGCUCCGUGGACACGCUCAUACCCGAGCAGCCCGGAGAGCUCGCCUGCUCCCCGUCUGCGACACCGCCACUGGGAGAAAGGAUUUGCUCAGACAACGUGUCGCCAAAUCGGCCGGACACCUCUCAUGCCCACCCACCCCCAGGGGAGGACCGGCCACCCCCCCCUUACCCCAUCUCCUCGUGCCACAAUGCCCCCCACCUCUUCUAUCCCAAACCCCCACCCUGCGCUCGCCCCGUGGCACCGGGUCCAGAGUCCCAGCCCCCUGCCUCUCCCCCGCCCCCACUGCGCUGGUCUGGCUUCACUCCCCCGGCCCCGCCCCCUUCCUCCUCUUCUUCCUCCUCCUCCUCGUCACUUGACAUCAAUUCGAACCCCAAACCCAGCUGUCUGCAUUUCCCCAAGCACAGCCCGCCCGGUGACAUGUCGCAUGCACCCCCACUGGACACUAAUGCUUCACCACUCUACAUCAAAACCCCCUUGGUGUUAACCCGCCAUGACCAGUCCCUUGGCAACCCCCCUAGCCUCCCUUCGUCCGCCCCCCCGCCCCCGCCGUGGGCUGCCUGUCCAUGUGCCCGAGAGAGAGGACCCCCCAGGCUGACUAGUUCAUUCAAAAGUAAAGAGCUCUCCCCUGUAAUUGGACACAAAGCCAUCCAGGUGGCAGGUCCUACCGUCCCCCCCAGCUGUAGUCCUCAGAGCAGUAGCCAGUCCCCCCACUCCACAGAGCACAGUCCACACACCCUGCGCAAAGGUUCCAAGAAGUUGGCCCCUGUGCCUCCAAAGGUCCCUUACAGCCAGUCUUGCGGGAUGUCCGACCAGUCAACAGGUCAGCCGUCACCGGUCAGCCUGUCCCCAACACCUCCUAGCACCCCCUCCCCUUAUGGACUGGCCUGCCCUCCGGGGCAUGUGCCAACUUCCUCCCCCGGGCAGACCCCGUUUGGGGCGCCCCACUCCCUUUCGUCCCCUCCCUCCCUGACCGGAACGCUCACCAAGUCGCGGCCCGCCCCAAAGCCCAGGCAGAGACCCAGUCUGCCCCCUCCUCAGCCGCCCACAGCCCCUCCGGGGUUCACAGGCUCGGCCAUGGCCCCAGUUCCCCAGCCCCUGGAGCAGGGCCUCCUGGAUGGACUGUCUCCCGGGGAGAGCAUGUCUACAGCUGUGUGAGGCCAGGGAUUCAGUGUGGGCUAAGUGUGAGGGGGACUUUUAGGAUAUCUUCAAUUAUGAAAUCCCCUCCAUCAAUGUCAAUCUGGACAGCCUCAUCGAUGAGUUCAGCGGUGCCCCUUGCAGGAGGUCCCUGGCAGUGACAGACUUUCCAGAGGGGGACGCUGUGCCUGAGGAGGAGCCACAGAGCACCACUCUAUGACCUUUGACCCUAAGGCAUCACAGCUAACCAGCACCCCUGUGGCUAUACAUGCUCUUAACUGUCGCCAUCAAGGCCUGAUGGAAACACCAAUUGGCCUCACCAAUGCCCAUCUGAAACCACAACUCGAACACAUCUGCUCCAGGCUGCAAAGAAACUCAUCUCUUACAAUUGCUUGCUAGAACUUAAAUGUGACUACAAAGAAAAACACCAAAAUGCCAUAGCGGAGAAACAGUUGCCUUUAGGAGGAAAGACUGGAAUAAGUAUAGUAGAAUGAGUAUUAAUUUAAGAGAUUGUUUUAUUUUGUUUUAUUUUGCUUGUUCAUCUUUGUUCUUUGAUGAAGUGGUCUGUAUUUUUGUGAGUUUUUUAAAUUUAUUUUUGCCUUAUUAAAACAUGCAAUCAUAUUGCAAUAUGAUAUUCACAAGUUGUGCAACUUUUGGUAAGGGAAACUCAGAGCCUGACAUGGUUAGGAGCAAAGCCCCUCCUCAGGGUGUGACAGAGAGUAGUCGUGUUUUAUUGCUCACAGGGUAUUUAAGCUUUGUGCACAUUAGGAUAAUGCUGAGCCGUAGAGACAGGUUUUGCAUGCAGGAUGAAACGUUUAAUGCAGUUUACUUCUUAUCGUUACACCCAAUCUUUACUUCCCCUCUGCUAUCACAUAUUACAACUGUUCUUUAACUGACAUUUACCCUCAUACAGGUAAGCUCACUUUAACUCACUUUAUACCAGCACAGUAUGAGAAGAAUGUUACUGUAAAUUACAUUUUUUGGACAAAAGCACCACAAUGUGUUUGCAUGACAAGCCACUAUAAACAAACUGCUUCUGAUCAAGGGCCUCCGAAUGGCAGCGUGUUAUUUUGUGUGAGUGUUGUUGUUGUCCUUGGAGAGUAAAUUUAGACCACCCAUGUGCUGUUACAGUUUGAUGAUAAUGGAUGGAUGACUUCACUGCCUUUAGGUUCGUAUGAUUCUAUCUUUUAACCUUGUUUCAAGUGCUUCAGGUUCAGUGACCUUUGACCCCUAAUGUAAAUACAAAGACUGUACAUAAAUUGAUGUAUAUAAAUCUGAGAGGAAAAGUAUAUGUAAAAAUGCAUAUUUCAAAUAUAUAUAAUGAUGAUAGUAAUAAUAAUAUAUGUGCUGAUAUUUAUCAUGUUUAGAAGAUGUAAUGAUUAAAAAUGUGCUGUUAUUUUUGUCCCUGCACACGAUGAACAGGUUUAUUGUGGAUUCAUAAUGUUUCUCUUGAACACCAGGUAACAAAAAUGCUGCAGCAGAAAUGCAGAAUGUUAUUUCUGCUAGAAAUCUAUUGUGGCUUUUCUAAUUCUGUCUCCUGAGCUUUGACUUCAAAUAUACUCUAGCACUAAUGAGUUGCACGCCAUUGCCCUAUCUUUUUCUUCUAAAUCAGUUCUUUACUUAAUAGAUUCCUCUGUAAAUAAUGAGUUUACUUUGGGAACAUUCCGCUCGGUUAAUCCAUUCAUAAUGAGGAUAAAUGUAGUUUUUAGCAUAUAUAUUGAUGGAUCGGCUAAAAUGUUGUGCUCAUUUAAUUAUAAUAGCUAAUUUGGCACCCAUGCUUUAUCACCUCCAUAGUUAAAAUGAUUUUGUCUUUUGUUGUAAUUCUCACUGCAGACAAUUAUCCUGAGGUACUUCAAGUUUAUCAGAUAACAGAUGCUGCAGUGUACCUUUUUAAUCACCUAUCAAAUGUUUUAGGACUAUAAUUUUGUCAAUUAAAGUGCAAUUACAGUGUUUUGAGCCACAUCUGUCCAAAAAGUGUUACCCUUCCCAAACCUACAGAAGAAAAAGCCAUUAAUGUUAUUGCAAAGCAAUUAUUUUUCUUUUUUCAGUUAAUAAUUCUAGAUUAAACUUUCUCCAAAAGUGAUGGUAUGCUCCGUGUGUGUUCUCAAUGAACUACUGUAUGUUUAUGAAGAUUUUGGUGAUGUUGAUAAUUAUAUUGAUAUUUGUGGUGAUUAUAUGAAAACAAUUUCAAGUGCCCUCACUCUGGUUGUUAUUUUGGAACUACAGGCAUAAUUGAUGUGUACUAGAGGUUUUAUUUUCUGUGCUGGAUCCAUACAUUUAUACAGGAAGGCAGGGGUAUCUCUCUCUGUGUGCAGACUGAAUGUGACUCACUAAUAUUUCAAAUGGUAAGCUACCUGAUUUUGUAAUAGCAGAAAGGCAAAUGGACAUGGUACAUUUGGAUGAAGGUUCAUUAGGGUCUGUUGGCAUGUAUUAUUAUGAGUGCAGGGCAGUAUUACUGUAAUGCUUUUGUGCAUCAUAACUUGAACUUACAGCCACCUAAAAGCAUGCAUUCCUGUUCAUUGUAAGUGUGAUUAUUAUGCUGCUCAAGAGGAAAAAGAACACAUGUACACUCCCCAAAACUCGAGGCAUAAUUUCAUGACUAAUUUCAGUUAAUCUACCUUAACAGCUAUUUUCAAAAGCAUAUUCAUAUGAGCCACAUUUUGCACCAAAUGGUACACUGUAGUUUUUAUCAAGCAUUUUAACUACUGUACUGUACAUUUUAUAGCUCACCUUACCACCAAGUAUGUUGGUCUAAAGUAAAGCUCAAUUUGUUUACAUUUUCUUGGGGGAAUUUGAAAUGAAAAAAAGGGGAAAUCUGAAAAAGUGUCAUGCAUGCGCUUAUAGAUAGUCUUUUGAUAAUUCACAUUUUGUGUCAAUCACUGUCUUUUUAGGGAUUGUAAGGGGGGUAAAAUGUAGAGUUGGACUCUAGAGAAUGUGGAUCAUAAUGAAUGGUCCUAUGUGGGGUUCUGAGCAAUACGGUAGAGGAGUGGUUGUUGCCUGUGGAUGUACUGCCUCCUUCUGCUUUCACUACUAGUGUACAAAAACAAAACCUGCCGCUUUUCGAGCCCACCAUGCCCACCCCUUCCUCCUCUGCUUAGCAUAUCAAGUGGAACACAGUGUGUACUGUGAAGCCUACCUGUAAUCCUUAUCAGAAUGUCAGAAAUAAAUAUAUAUAUUAAACUCUACAUUUGUAAUAAUC